UUCGCCUUCAUCUUCCUGUUUUCUCGUAUGUUUUGACUGCCAAAUAAUGUUUGACUAUCAUUUAAAAAAUAACUUUGAACGACAGAUAUGGGGUAAUUUUUUUGCUGAAUGGAUUAUGGAAUAUGCUUUAAAUUUACAGAAAACGCUGAGUUAGCCAGGUUACUCAAAGGUACUGUUUAGACAGUGCUGAUUAGUGAUUAUAGAUUUUAGUCAGUGCAGUCAGUACCUAGUCACUCCCAAAACUAGAAGAACAACACAAAGUUAGGUUAAGGCUCGUCUCUUCCUCUCUCAUGACCUACCAAACGAAUUCGGAACAAAAUGGUAUCUUACGUCAUUACUAUGACGUUGCAGGUACCAAUUGGUUAACCAAAUGGUAUACCAACCAAAGCUUGCCGAAAUCGCCUAUGAAAAAGGGAAUUAUUGUUUGUUUACUAACAGGUUAUUGCUAGUUUUAAAUAGAUAUUACUAAUAAUGUAAGAACUUUCUGUUUUUAAAGAAUUUAUUAUAAAGGUCUAAAGUUAUGGGAAAAGGAUUUUGAAACCGAAGAAUAUUUUCUCAAUUGUCCUAAUCCUAAUUGUUAUAAUACAAUCAAAAACAAUUAAUUUAAUUGUUUUGGUAAUUAAGCUUUUCUUUGCAAUGUAUUUAUAUUUAAAUAGCUAUCUAUUUAAAAAUACCACCGAGCCGGCUAAUUAUUUUCGAGGCGUUAGUGAGGCAAAAAUGUGCAAUUUCCUACAAAUCAAUAAUCUAGCAUAGGCCAGCCAAUGGGCAUGUGCAGUAUUCAGUGUUUCAACCCCCACGAAAUCCGCUUUAUCCACCCUAGAUUUUAAUGAUAUAUCAAGUGUUGAAAUCAAUAAAAGGGUAAAAUCCAAUCUAUAGAGUGCAAUGUCCAUCUGGAAAAAGUUAGAACCAAAUAUAGAUUACCCUGUUGGUGUAAAAUACCAAAGUAAUAAGCUCUGAGUGUGGAAGAAUUGGAUACCAAGGAAGGCCAAAGUUGCAUUCACCAUGCAAACUCUAAGGAAAAAAACAAGUCCAUUGAAAUUCAAAAACGAGACCACUAGAUUCUUGGGCGAUGGGGUCAGUUUUAAGGCAAAGCUCAUUGGAAUUUUGGAAGUAUCUGAAGCUAGAGGCGAUAGAAUGUGUCAGGAAGCAUUAUGCGAUCUAAAAAUGGCUAUAAGAGCGGCUGGUGAACAUAAGCAAAGAAUUACUGUAAAUAUUGCUAUUGAUGGCUUAAGGUUGAGAGACGAAAAAACUGGGGAUUGCCUCUACCACCAUCCGGUUCACAAAAUUUCAUUUAUUGCUCAAGAUAUGACCGAUUCAAGAGCCUUUGGUUAUAUUUUUGGUUCUCCUGAUACUGGCCAUAGAUUUUUUGGCAUAAAAACAGAUAAAGCUGCUAGCCAGGUUGUUAUUGCCAUGAGAGAUCUAUUUCAAGUAGUUUUUGCCUUAAAGAAAAAAGAAAUAGAAUUAGCCAAACAACAUUUAGAGAAAAGCUACUUACCAACUUCACCUCUUUUUUCUGAUAGCCCCAACUCUACCUCCAAGCCAACAGAAAAGUCAAAAACUGAACCGAAAGGAACUGCAAGUACAUCUGAAAAUAAAAACAGUGGUACAGCUGUGGCAGACUUAGUCGAUCUCGAGUUAGAAUUAAACAGUUUACAGCAAGGAUUAAAUCAAAUGGAAAGAAUAACACCUUCUGAUCCCUUCGGAUCUAAAGAUGAUCCAUUUGGGGACAGUUUUAUCAGUUAUCCUAUAAAUAAGCUUAUCUUACCUCCACCACCAUCCUCUGGCCGAGAAAGAUUGAGUAGAACUUCAGAAGCAAGCAGCACAAUUAGCACCAGGACACCACCAAAUACUUCAGCAAGCAUUGAUAGCGCUUCAGAUUCACUUUUCAGUUCAAAAUCGAAUAAGGAAUUUUCAUUCUCCCGAGAUGUUAAUAGUUCUCAUGAUGAGCCUAGUAGUGGUGAUUGGUUUAAUCCGUCAUUUGGAAAUAGUAUAUUUGAGGAACCACCAGCAGUAUCUGCGGCUGAACCUACUUCAAAAGAUGACAAACACGAAGCAGCUAAACAGGAAAUUAUGUCUCAGUUUGAUGUAUUUACUGAACUAGAUCCAUUGGGUACCGGUAGAAGUAAGCCAUAUAUUGAUAAGAAACAUUUCUUUCAAGAACUCAAAAAUCCACCUAAAAAGGCGCUGAACGAACUGGCUUCUAACAACGCAGCACCGCCAACUAGUACUGAUCUCUUUAAUAUCAGUUUUAGUCAGCCUCCAGUUAUCAGUGGUCAAAAUAUUGGUUCAAAUACAACAGACGUUUUUGCUGCGGAUCCAUUUGGGGAAGAUCCGUUUGUAAAAGAAGAUCCAUUUGCAGAUUCUGACUUCUCAAAAUCGGAUCCUUUUGAAAAUGAGUUUGCUACACAAGCUAGCAGGGAGCUACAUGCUAUCCUACAAAAUAAUUUGUCAAAAUCUCCCAGAACUUCAUCUCUUGACAAACCAUCUCUAGGCGUUAGUCCGAAGACAGUUCAAUUUGGCAAGACAAAUACUUUUGAUGUACAAUUCAAUAAUUUUGAUAAAAAGCCUAAUAAUUUAGCGACGUUGCAAGGGCAAAGUGUCGAGAUGUCGUCAGAGUCAGAAAGUGCUCCUGAGCCGCCCCCUAGACCUGCAACCACUUUAUGUGAAAUCCAACCUCCGCCUUUACCACCCAAAAAACAAAUUGAUAUAAUAUUAAAGCCACCUCCUCGUCCACCACAUUCUGAAGACAAUCGGUAUGAUUAUAUAGAAAACUUCGAGACUAAUAAGAAGUCCAUUUCAAUGAGCCGAAGUCCUCCUAUACCUGUUCCACAAAGAAAAUCAAAAUUUGAGUCAGAUUUUACAAUACCACCAGAGCGACCUAAAAAACAUAAUCAACAUUCUAGCGAUGAGGAUUAUUUGACUCCAAUAUCGUUUCCUGAACGUUCUGUCAGUCCUGAAGUACUAUUGCCUCCACCUCAAAGGCACAUUAAGAAAGAACGAAUUAAUCAGGUUACAGUGGCUUCAUUUCCAGAGCCUAAACCAAUAGUAUCCACUAGUGUAGCCACAGAUAGUUUGAACAAUUCCUUGGAGGGAUUAGACAUGACUUUAAGCCAGUUAACUUUGAGUGGAUUAAAUGAAUUAGCUACUAAGCUGAAAAUACCGCCACAUAAAUUAAGCAAUAUGACACUAGUUCAAUUAACAAAUUAUUUAUCUACUUUUAUCAAAUCACAAUCGCAAAAAUCUGAAAAUAAUGAUAAGUUUCCUAGCUUCCAAGCAGAUUUUGCAGCUAAUUUCAAUGAUGUAAGCAAUACUAUAGCUACAAAUUCUGACUCUUAUGAUAGAUAUGCUGUAUUUAGAGAGUUGCAAGAGGAAAUUAAACAAACUAGAAUUGAUACUGAACCUGAAGAAAUUCAAGAAGAAAAAGAACACUUGCAGAACUCUCCUUCAGAAACGAUACAAGUUCCAAAUGAAAAUCAAUUGGUCGGUGAUGAUAAGUAUGCCGCAUUAAGAGAAAUUGUUGAAAUUGAAAUAAAGCACGUGGAAUUGAAAGAGGAUGAUGAAAAUCAGAAUAUUAAUGAAACUGAAAAGACAGCCAAAGGCGACACUGUUAAUGAAGAUGAAGGUAAUAAAAUCGAGGAUAUAAAUCAAGCGAACAAAGAAAAUACUCUACAAGAACCUCAAGAUAAGGGCAUGAAAUCAAAAGCUUGUUUCAUUGAGUAUAUAGAUCAAAGAGAGCCUAAAUCAAAAAAUGUUACACCCGACAAAUCUCCAUCAAGAUCGCCGGUAAUGAAGAGCCCUGUACCGAGCGCCAUAACAGAACUUAUACAGUCAAAUGCGAGACUCACGUCAGGAUCUUUGUCAGAUGUUCUCAGUGGUAGCUCGCCAGAAGUUGAUAAUACCGGAAGUAAUUCGGAUAUUCCCAAGAAAAAUUUAGAUCCUGCAGGUGAAUCGUGGGCAAUUUUCGACCAACCAAAUAUCACAUCAGAGGUAAAAGAAAAUUUGGGCGCUGCUCAAAGUGAAGAAGGUGUAUCCCCUUGGUCUAGCGAUUCCAAGGAAUUUGGCAAUAGAUCGCCUACAACCUGGAAAAAAGAAAAAUCCGGCGAACGAAGGAAAAAACACCGAGAACAGGAAGAACGGUGGGAUACAACUGCUGAUCCAGAAGGUCAAUAUCAUCCUUCAAACAGACGGUCCACAGAUUCCUACGAUGAGGAAUUCUACGAGUGUUACGAACGUCCGCGCAGGCGCAGGCAAGGCGGCUGGCAGCACGGCGGUCAACAAGGAACAGGUGGGCAUUCUUCUAGUUCCCGUGACGUCAGUCCAUGGGAAGAAGAACCACGCAGGCGUGAAGGUGGACCUAGAUGGUCAGGAAGGCAUCCUAGAGGGCAUUCAUUUGAUAGGCAUAGAGAUGUCAAGCAUGUGGAUAGUUGGGAUGAUGAUGAAGACGAUUACGAGUUUGACGAAGAACAAAGAUCUAGAGGUCAUUAUUUCCAAAGACAUGGUUCCAAGGACUCUGAAAGGCAUAGUGGUAGGGAGAUGGAGAAUGAUAGAUGGGAUGAUUAUGGUUCUGAGAGGAGAUAUCGACGAAGAAGAGAGGGUGUACGAGAUUCUAAGGAGACUAAAGAUAGAUGGUGUUGUCCAGAUUGGGAGCAAAGUGAACAUGACAAAACGGCUAGGUAUGCUUCAAGGAGAAACAAUAUGACAGAGAGAAGAGAAAGGUAUGAUGAAAGGUAUAGAAGUAGUCGAGAAUCUCAAGAUUCGCCAUGGGAGGAUGAAUACUCAAAUGAGCCGGACGAAUCACACUCACCCCAUUAUUUAGCAGCUAAGAAAAAUUGGAAGCAAAGACCUAGUAGUGCCUCGGAAAUAGAUAGGAAGACUGGAGAGAUUAAAUCUCGUCAUUAUUUAGGAACUGUUGGAAGUGAUGGCGAAAGAGAAAGGAGAUACAAAGGAGCACGCAGAUCACGUAGUAGAGACUCACAAUUUAGCGAACCGUCGCAUCGACACAAAGCAGAAGUAUCAGCAAUUCGUGGUCAACACAGAACCAAAGCUCAUAAACCUGUUGAAUCUGAUUAUAUAGAAAUGGCUUCCAAAAAACUUCCUUCCGAUGUGGAUGCCAAUAAUAAAAAGCUUCCAGCCAGCAGAAAAAAGUUAGCAAAGGAAAAUUUGGGGGCUAAAGGGGAGCCUAUGGUUAACACAUUUCCUAGAAAAGGCACCAAUCGGGCUAAGUCUUUGUUUGACAAUGAUUUUGUCCCGUCGGACGAGAGCCCAAUAAUAAGAGAUAAAGGAAGCAAAUUUACUUUCGAGAAUGAUUUUGAUAAGCAGGAGGCUGAGUCGUCUAUAGUGAAUAGAUCUCUUAGCGUAUUAAGGCAGCAAAGUAUGUUUGAUAAAACCAGCAUGCGCUUGGAAAAAUCCCUCAAAGAUCGCCGUGGCGAGUCGUUCCAAGAAUCCAAAUCCUCUCCCAGGUUUCCGCCUAAACCUAAGAGUCCGUUCGAAGACGAUUUUUCACCAAGCGAAAAAUCCGAUGCACCGGAAGGCAACGGAAUUUCCAGCAUAAAAGAAGAACCGGAUCUGGCUGAGGAGGAGGAAGAUUCUUUCGGAGCUACAAGCCUAAAUAUCCCACCAAACAGCCGAAAGAAAAUAUUAAACAACAAAAGUCGGUUAUCUUCAUGCAGGACUGAUGUCAAUUUGAAAAAGUCUGGAUCUGUAAAUAUAUUUGCUAGGGAGAACGAUCCAUUUGAUGAUGACUUUUUUAGUUGCGUUAAUAAUGGGCGAGAAAGUCCGCAAAGGAGCACGGAACUGAGAUGGACUGAAGAAUUUGAAGAUUCUGAUAGUGGUAGGAAGUAAUUUAGGUAAAUUAAGUAAUCGACUGGCUAGCCUGUAACUGACAUAAUUUGAAAUUAACCCAGGGCAUUCAAAAUUAGUCAAUUGUUUGGAUUUUUUAAUGCAAUAUUUUUCUUUUAAUUGAUCUAAAACACAGUGUUUUUGGAUGCAGUGGAACGUUUUGAGUGAACCACUUUGAUGGCACCAGAUUAUGAUAAGGGUGAAAAUAUGGUCCAACUAUGUCAGUUAUAGUAGUCAUUAAAAAUAUUGCCAGGCAGUUUGAAAAAUUAAUUUUUUAAAAAGUGUUAAAUGUCUGGCUACUCUAGGAUAUGGCCCAUAUUGCACUUAGUAAAUAAUCCAAUCUGACCAGUACUUAUUUAACACUUUAGAUCCUAGUAUAAGACCAAUUUGUGAUCAAUAAUAGUGAUUUAUAAAGAUCUAACUUCUUUAUGAUUAGUUUUUUUUUAAGAAAAAUACCUUAAUGAUAUUCUUAGGACCGAUUUCUUCACCAAUGUUCAAAAUACAGUUAUUAUGUUAUUCAUAUUGUAUGUUUUUCACUACUAGGAAAGACACUAACCAAGACACGAGAAAAUGAUUGUAAAUGUUUGUGGUUUUAGCACAGGUAUAAAGAAUAACAGAAACUAAACAGUUGUUGGUUAAGAAAUGGGUCCUUUAGUUUUUCAAAUUGCCCUUUAAAUAAAUAAUUAAUUUAUUGUUGUUAUUAAUGUAAACACGACACCUACGUAAAUAAUAGAAUUAUGUACUUAGUUGAUAAAGUUUAUAAUAUAUUAUUAUGGUAAUUUAUUAAAUUCAAAUUUUAAUAUAAAAACGCAUUUUAUAAUAUACAUUGAUUUUUUUGAGAAUAUGUAUAUUUAUUUACAUUAUGUAUAUUAUUUUGUAUUAUCAAAAAAAAAAAGUUGUGUAUAAUUUUUUUCCAGCCGAUGUUAUUACAUACUUUGUGUUCGGUAUUUUGCUCAAAAAGCAGAGCGUGCUGAGCGGAGCCGUAAUCACGUGAUCAGCGAGCGAACAAAGCAGUUGAAAGCUGUAUCAGAGUGCCCGAAUUUUAAUAAAGGAACGCGAAUGAGCCUGCAUUGAGUAAACUUUUCAAAUAAACUCAGAUCAAAAUACCGAACGCAUGGAUAGCAGUUAUAUUUAAUUUUUUAUUUUAAAAUCUAAAUUGUUGUGAUACUACCUCUUUUUUAUUAAAAUAAAUAUUUCUUUGAUUUUUCUCAAUUUAAUUAUUUGUUUUGUCGCGAAAUUAUUUACCUAAACAAUAAAAGAGUAUUGUGUAUUUAGGAGAAGAAUUUUCCUCCAAAGUACAUACAGUGUGAACCAAAUUUGAGGCGUACCUAUCAUUGGGAUCUGGUAAAGAUUAUAGCCCAGCCCAGGCACAUUAGCUUACAUUUCACCAAAACCUAGAAAAAAAAUAAUGUAAAUCCAAAAGUCGGCAGGACUGGUUAAAUUAGUGUGCUGAACGUGAACAACAUAGCAUUAUUUUUCUUCAAUUUUGUCGAUGUACGUUAAUGUCACUCACAAGGUCAUGUCAAAAAUCCUGACCAAUAAUGCGACGUACUUACGUUCAAUAAACCAUAGCAAUCUUUGAUUGGGUUUUAUUUCGAAGACCCGAUAGAAUCUGCAACAUUUGUUUAACAUUUGCUUUUGCUAAAUUCACAAUCUGCUGAAAAUUGUACAGGGUGGGCCAAUUUGGACACUUUUAAUAGGAAACGUCAAUUUUUGAGCAAGAUACAAAAAAAUGAGCCCUCCCCACUCUGAGGCUCAAAUUUCAUGAAAUUUUGAUUGGUGCAAACCGCAUUUUGAUAUCUUCAACCGUUUAGCCGCUAGAGGGCGAUUCUCGAUUUUGAGCAAUGCUGUGAAACCUUCAUAACUUUUUCAUUUAUGAAAAUAAUUCAUUUCUGUAAAGACUUUCUGGAAGCACUUUUUUAAGAGGAAUUCAGUGACGUUCUCAACUUUUUUCUAUUUGGCUCCGGCUCCGAGAUAUUGACCAAAAUCCGAUUUUUUUCAAUAGGACAUCCUAUUUAUUAAUAGCUUAUUGAAAAGCUCUGCUUUUGCUGAUUUCAAUGAUAUAAAAUUCGAUAGGUUUAUCUCCAACGGUUUUCGAGAAAAAAAUUAUUUCGAUUUUUGUCAUAAGACAUAAUGUUCGCCCUCUAGCGGCUAAACCGUUGAAGAUAUCAAAUUGCGGUGUGCACCAAUCAAAAUUUCAUAAGAUUUGAGCAUCAGAGUAGGGGGCUCAUUUUUUUCUAUCUCUAAAAAUAAAGGGUGUUUCCAUAAGAAAGUGUCCAAUUUGGACCACCCUGUACAUUCACAAUUCACCAUUGCUUGCCUAUUGUGGGUAUUUCUUCAUUCAGGACGCGACGACAUGCGGAAAAAUUACCUUUUUCCGCAGGCCAACGCGUGCGGAAAAAGAGCUUUUUCCGCACGCUCGUAGGAAAAUACUAUAUCACGCCUGAGGCAGAUUUCUUAAUAGAAGAGAAAAAGGUGUGGCCGUCUUUGUCUUACGCAUUACUGUAGGCGGACAAGGAUUUAUUGUGCUCAUUUAUACUUUUUAUUAUACAAAAACUUUUGUAAUAAUCAAUACAAACAGAAAAAUAGUAACAGUAAUUGCAGAGACUUUGUUUUAUAAGAGAUCUCACAUCUGAGUAUCUCACUAUACAUAUAACCUGCAAUGUAAUAUAAAAUAUGUUCUUUAAAAUCUGACAAUUCUAAGUAGCCUACCAUUUCUUCCCUAUUUUCAGUUUCAUUACAGGAUUUUGGCUGACCUUGUUCCCUUUUAUAAGAUCAGAAAUUGAAAGCUGGAGUACUAUUCGUCUCCAUAUCACUGCAGAGUUAACAUUGCAACUUGGUUUUAUCAAAUUUCUAAGCAAUAAGUAACUGUCUUAGAGCCCAUUUCAAUUGCUAUGUGCCGGGGUUGUUAUUCCACCUGCCCUUAGAUCUCAUAAAGUAAACAAGAAAAGAAUAAAGGCCCAUUUAUAAACUUGACGUUACGAUUCCGUUUGCGCCUGCCGACGGGCUCACCGUUAGCCCCGCGGACAAGCACCAGAGGUAGCC